UUUUUAACGGCGAGUCGCAAAUGGAUGUGACAUGUAGUUCCCAUUCCGGCCUAAAUGAAUGUGCGUCGUUAGUGUACGGGAGUUUUCAAGCGUUACUGGGCCGCCGUGGCCUCUCUCAGGUUCCUCUCUGCCUCAAGUAAGGAUAUUUAAGUUUAUCUGGCAACCCUGGUCACUACAUCUCAUCGCUCUUAAUUGGCGAAUGAUCAUAAGGAUGAACUUACCACUAGUAUACUUUGAUAUCUCUGUGGAUGAUAAACCACUGGGACGAAUUGUAAUUCAAUUACGUACCGAUGUUGUGCCAAAGACAUCAGAAAAUUUUCGUGCCUUGUGUACUGGAGAGAAGGGUUAUGGAUAUAAAGGAAGCUGUUUCCAUCGUAUAAUUCCAAAUUUUAUGUGUCAAGGAGGUGAUUUUACAAAUCACAAUGGUACAGGUGGAAAAUCCAUCUUUGGAGAAAAAUUCGAAGAUGAGAAUUUUGAACUUAAGCAUAUUUCUAUGGGUACAUUAUCAAUGGCAAAUUCUGGCCCAAAUACAAACGGCUCGCAAUUCUUUAUUACCACUAUAAAAACACCAUGGUUAGAUAAUAAACAUGUUGUGUUUGGCAAUGUUUUCGAGGGAAUGGAUAUUGUAAGGAAAAUCGAAAGUUAUGGUUCAUCAACUGGGAAGACAUAUCAGAAGAUCAUGAUAGCAGAUUGUGGUCAAUUAUCAUAAUCGUUAAAAUAAGUAAUUAAAUAAAAGAAAAUAUACAAAAUAAUUUUAAUCUUAUUUACACUUCCAAAAUUGUAUAUUUAAUCUCUGUUCUCUUAAUAAGGAAAAUGCGAUAAUAUGAGAACAAUUUUAUGUACAUAUGCAAGGUUAUAGAAUAUUGAAUUUUUUAUACAUUUAGAUAUUUAAUUUUUAAAUACAUAAUAAUAUGAAUAUUUUUAAAUGUAAAAGUAUAUUAAAUCUAAAUUAUAUUGCCGAAAUUAACAUCACAAAAAUCCAGAGAAUUAGAAAUGUAAAAUUACACAAGAAAUGUUAUUUCAGCAUUAAGAUCUAGCUAUGAAUAUUAAAA